UAAAUUGAACAAUACUGAAAUCAGCUCAACUCAGAUUCGAUUACGCAAUUCUUGAAUUAAGAAGAUCCCUCACCUGAUUACAUAGUUGAUUGACUGUUCACUCAAAUUGUGAAGAAUACGAAAAAAAUCAAAUUCUCAAGAAUAAUUACGAAAAGGCGAGUCUUGAUUACGCUUAAAAAGUUCGAAAUCCAAAGAGGAAGGAAAGAGGGAUUUAUUCCUUUUUUGCAAUCGGUGAAGGAAAAGUCGAAUAAUCGUUUCUUUUUGGUCCCGUUUCCGCUUCUAUUUUUCUCCCAUCUGCGCGGCCCAGAUUAAAGGAUUCUCAAAGUUGCAUGGCUGAUGUAAUUAAUGUUGCAUAAAUGGAAGAGAUCAUUGGCUUGUGGAGUUUCUGCAUACAUAAAAUCUUCUCUGGGGAUUGAUGCUACAUCCUUCAAUGGUAAACAUCAAAGUUCACCGCCGUCCAGUUAUAGUUUAUAGGCCAAUACAGCCAUCUGACUUGGAGAUUCUUGAGAGAACUCAUGGCGAACUAUUUCCCAUAAGGUAUGAAUCCAAGUUCUUUCAGAAUGUUGUCAAUGGGCAAGAUAUUGUGUCAUGGGGAGCUGUUGAUCAAAGUCGUCCGAAUGAACAGAGUGACGAACUUAUUGGAUUUGUUACUGUAAGGAUUAUUCCAUCCAAAGACAGUGAGGUGGAAGAUUUAUUGAGCUUUGAAGCAUCAAGAACAGAUCAAACAUUAGUAUACAUCCUAACAUUGGGAGUCGUCGAUUCCUACAGAAAUCUGGGAAUUGCCAGUUCACUAAUCCAUGAGGUCAUAAAGUAUGCCUUGAGUCUUUCAAGUUGCCGUGCUGUUUAUCUCCACGUGAUCUCAUACAAUAACCCAGCCAUACAUCUGUACAAGAAAAUGUCAUUUCAGUGUGUAAGGCGGCUGUACAAUUUUUAUUACAUCAACGGGCAAUAUUAUGAUUCCUAUCUGUUUGUCUACUACGUGAAUGGCGGUCGGUCUCCCUGCUCUCCGCUGCUGUACGCAUUGCAAGUAACUUUGCCUUGCAUCCUGCAGAGAACUUGUCACGUUGUUUGUCACUUAUGCACGGAGUGGAUUCAAAUUAAUGGCUGCUAAGCUGUGGAAAAACAAGGAGAGGAUGAUCUCCAAGUGGCCCAAGUAUAAAGAAUCGAGCUAUCUUCUUCCUACAGUUCCGACGAAAAGAAUCCUCACGAACGAGGGUUCUAGGCGCCAGUUUGUCUAAGUCCAUCGACUCAGGCAACGGGUAUCUAAGAACUCAACCCAUAUUCAUUUGUCCACUUAAUGACAAGCAUCGUGGCUGUUGGCGUGCGUGCUUGGUGAAUCUUGAUGAGUAUAGAUGGGUAUAUUUCUAACUAGAUAUGGCUUCUCUACAUGCAUCUGUUGUAACAUAGUUCUUGCAUUUCUGCUAAAUGUGUUUUAUGCAUGCUAGAAAAUGGUUAAGUUUCAAUUUACUUGUAUUUGAAUGUUAGAAAUUGGUAGCUUGGCUUCUACUGUAAAAUUUGUUUGUUAUUCUUA